AUGCUGCACUUCUAUCGACAGCUAACUUCGACAACCUUCCAAACACGUCAGCACAUGCAAAUCGUGCAUGCUGUUGUGAUUGCCUUUGACAUCCAGACAACGUCUGCUAUCUUUAUAGACGACAGACUUGACGCGAGUAAGAACCGCGACGGAGCGGAUCCGUGGUAUCUUAAGCACCAACUGACCUUACCAACCGAUACUGCACUGCAGACGAUGAUGGGGAAACAGAUCCUACGGUAUAUACUUCCGUAUAGCCAUCCGUUCAAAAACGAUAUUUUAGACUUAUAUGACGACUAUGUCGCUUACUGUGCGAGCUAUCUGACCGUGACUGGAGCUCGCAAGGAGGUAGGCGUAAGUGAGAACAUUCGAGAUAUUGUUAGUUACUCUCUAGAAGAAGUGACGCAGGAAACGACUAGGGCAUUCAGCUGGAUGCGUGCUGGAUUUUAUUUGAUUAUACUUUACGAAGUCCCUCGCCUUCUAGCGUGUUAUAGCAACGUGCUUGAUAAGGGUCCUCGGCGGCAGCUUUACCGGGAAACUAUAACCCGGGCACUCGCGACUUUGUGCACGUUAGACGACAUUCGGGACACGAAGGCAUUCGACGUCCAGCUUCCUUGGACGAACCAAAACAGGGCCGCGCUAUGCGACUAUCUCCCAUACGUCAACGAUGACAUGUUGCAGGAAGUCAUCGAGGGUGAUCCCCAUCAUGCGUUUCUCAUGGCAGCGCUAGAGUUAGCCCGCAGCCAGAGUAACGGCUAUUUAUCUCUACAGGGGGAUGAGAAAGCCGAAGUUGUAGCUAUUCUCCGCAGGUGCUACUGGCCCAACCCGCAGGACAUGCCCGAGGGCAGCGAGGCAAGAAAUAAACGCCACCGUCAGUUAUGCGCGCUCUUCCUAAAGUAUGACGUCCGCGGCUAUAUCAAAGAGCAUCUUCUGCCGCAAGAUAUCAAACGUUACCUCGCUGUACAUAAUCAGGUCGUGCAGACUCUCAAUAUGCCAGCAGAUGUGCUUUCCUACCUUAUGGGAAGUAUGGUCAAUGAGUGA